AUGUCAUCAGAGAGAGUGGUGUCGUUGAGAGACAACAAUGUAUCAAGCAAUGACGAUAUCUUGACCGAUUUGUCUGAAAAAGGGCAGAAUAAAAAAUAUGACGAUGAUGAUGAUGAUUUUUCCACAUCCUUGCUGGAAAAUCACGAUAUUUCAUUUGGAAUUAAGGACAAAGGGCGGCAUCCGGAGCCUUUGUUUAAUGACGGAAAGCGGUAUCCGGAGCCUUUGUUUAAUGACGGAGGACGGUAUCCGGAGCAUUUGUUCAAUGACGUUGGUUCCUCGCAACUACACAAAGGAGAAAGACUGGUAGACCAAGAUAAAGUAGACCAAGAUAAUAGCUAUCAAGAAGAGGAUGUGUUGUUUUUUGAUAAUUUGGCUAGUAGCCAGCAUCACGAAAGAAAAGGCUUUAGUAAGGGGCAACAAGACAAUGCAUUUGAAGGUGCCGAUGCAGAUGCAUCUGAAAAUGCAUCUGCAUCUUCAGAUGUCCUCUUUUCAAAGAGCAAUCAUCACAGCUCAAUGCCAUAUGAUGAGAAAAUAAUACCUGAGCUCAAAGAAACCACCACCACUAUGGACCAUGAAGAGCAACUGGAACAUGCGGGGUAUGAACCAUUAUCACAAGGCAAUGACGAAAAAGAUGUUAUAAGUGGUGACGAUUUAUUAGAAGAAGAUCUUUUAGAAGGCGCCAAUGAAAGUUUAUUGGAUGAAAGCAAUUUACCAAAUGAGUCUGUAGGACCAACUGCACUGAUUGAUUCCUUAUAUGGAAUUGAACCCGAACAGAGUUUGAGGCUAGAAAAGAGCAAAAGUUUAGAUUUAGAGUUGGAUGAUGAUUUGUUGCUUGAUGAAGAGUUUUUGGAAGAACAGCAACAACCCCAACAGCAGCAAGUGCAACAGCCCCUGCCCCUCCUCCACCAAGUAACAACAAAGUACGCGCCGAUCAAUUCUGCUUCAACGCCACAAACACCCUUAUCAGGACAUAAACCUCAAACUUUCAUUCCACAACAGGCAUCUAAUGCCAAUCAACAAGAAUUUCUCAAGGAGUUGGAAAAGAAAAAAGCACGCUCUGAUGCUUUUGACUUUCCCGACUUUGUCGACCAAAAACCAGUAGUAAGAAGAGCAGCACCCGUGAAAACUAUUAAACCAGUUAUUGCCCCAAAGUUGGAACAACAAAAACAACAAGCACCUCCACAACCUCCAAAACCCCCUCCUUCAAAACCCCUUGUAUCACCGCCAAAGAACCCAUACCAACCGAAAGAUGGUACCUCCCCUAUUUUUCAGCAACAUGUUCCAAGUUUAGGACGCAAUGUAGUUGCAGUUGCUCCGCCUAUGCCACAACAAACACAUAUGUUCCCACAACAAACACAUAUGUUCCCACAUCCACCUACUAAUGCUCCAAAAAACGUUUACGAGCCGGUUGUACAACCAGCCUCUUCAUCACAAGUGAAAAGUGGUGGUGCAAAUAUAGGAAAGAGUUCAUCACCAACGAAUUACAGUCCUUAUGUACCUAAUGCUGGUCCAUAUGCACCACUGAGUCAACAACAUAAAGCACAUUCCAGAGCAAACUCGUUGAUGGGCGGAAAGGGGAAAGAAAUCAAUCCAUAUGCUCCUGCAUUAAAUGCAGUUGCCGGACAUUUUUCACCACCCGCACUGCACGUGUUGCCUCAGGUGCCUCAGGUGCAACAGGUGCCUCAGGUACAACAGGUACAACAGGUGCAACAGGUGCAACUGCAACUGCAACUGCAACUGCAACUGCAACUGCAACUGCAGCAACAGCAGCAACAGCAACAGCAACAGCAGCUGCAACAGCUUCUGCUGCAUAGCUAUGCUCUGGUUCCACCACCCGGAAGACAACCCAAAUUUUCAAACACGCAAAAGAAUAUUUACAAAACCGCAAUAAAAACUCGGAACCCUGAGGAAUUGAUACAUCAACAAUUUCCCAUUUUCAAUUGGAGUAUUGGACAAAAUAUUGUUUUUGUAAAGAAGGAUAUUGCCAACAAUUGUCCAUCAAUUACAGUUGAGCCUAUUACUAAAAUAUGUAAGGAUUGGCUGAUUUAUAGUAGUUUCCCAGGCCCUUUGAUUAAAGGAAAGCUGAAAAAAAAGGAUAUUUUAGCGUGGUUUGAAGUAUCUAGUAAUUAUUUACGGAAUAAUGGAAACACUGAAGAACUAUUACUUAAUGAUAUUCUAUCAUAUGUGGUGAAACAUGAUGGAGAUUUGAAAUCUGCCGAGUGUUUAAAACAGGUUUGUUUAAUUUUGAAUCCCAAUAUCAAUUUCAAUGUUACCGAUUUGCCUCUUACUGGUGGUACCACUACUGGCUACAAAUUGGACAAUUCAGGUGUCAAUACCGUAUUUGCAUUAGUUCAGGCUGGCGAUAUGACCAAGGCAUUAGAGUAUACAAUAUCAAGAGGAGACUGGGCAUUUGCUUUAGUAAUUGCCAACUUCAGUGGUGCUGAGAGCUUUGCAAGAAUAGCCUCCGAAUACGCCAGAAACACAUUUCCUUUUUCCAAGGCGAACAAUAAAGUAUUACAUAUCAUGCCUAUUAUUUUGAAGGUUAUUGCAGGGAAUGUACAGAGCGUUAUUCAAGAUUUGACCAUUGUUGCUAAUGAAGGAGACUAUGCUAAUUUGCACUGGAGAGAGAUUGUUUCCUCAGUUGCAAUAAGCAAGUCGUUAAAAACACAAGAAUUUUUAGUUGAGUUUGGGAAAUUCUUGAUUGGAAAAGGAAAUCAAUUUGGAGGAGAAAUUUCAUUUAUAUUAGCGGGUUUACCUUUUGGUCAACAAGGAUUUGUAGCACUCACUUCGGGACAUCAUUCAAUGUAUACUCAAGUUUAUGAAUACAUUUUCAGUCCAAUGCAGUUUCCUCAUUUAUUGCCUAUGAAAUUAAAGCAUGCAUCUACAUUGGCUGACUAUGGAUUGGUCAAUGAAUCACAAAAAUACAUUGAUUAUCUCAAUAACAAUGUUAAAUCUUUGGGUAAUAAAUCGCCAUUUGUCACCCAAAUGUUCAUUCACGAAUUUCAAAAGUUGAUUAUGAGAUUAAGCGAACUAGGAUCAAAUGAUCAAAGUGGCUGGUUUGGUGGUAAAAUGAGUAAAGUCAAUCUUGAUAAAGUAUGGGGACAAAUUGAUAAAUUUAUAGUAGGUGGUAACAGUGGUGGUGUUAAUGGUGGUGGUGUUAAUGGCGGUGGUGGCGAUGGCGGUGGCGGAGUGUUUAGUAAAUUUAGUCCUGCAACCUCAAGAAAUGCGUCGACUUUGGAUUUUGGAAGUUUAAAGAAUCAACCUAAAACAUAUACUUCAAAUGCCAGUUUUCAACUGCAAGCGCCAAACUGCGAGCGUUACAUGUCGACUACUUCAGUCAAUAAGUAUUCGCCACAAAUAGGGGGUAUCAAUGGAAAUUCUUCAUUUGCAGCUCCAAGUAACUCAUCACAAACCUAUCUUGGUGAUGAUUUGCAGCAACUGCAGUUGCAACUGCAGUUGCAACUGCAAGAACAACAACCCAAAGUGCACUCCCCGUUAGCUCAAUACCCUUAUCAUAAUCCUAUAGGACACAUAUCUACAUCAUCAGUUGGAUCGAUUCCACACCAUGCACUUGGGCAUCAGCAACAACCAUCUAUCUCUAGUGUUUUGUCGGGGGAUAGUGUUGGUAAUGUGGCAGUACAGCAAACAAGUCAUACACUAAAUAAUACUGAAGAUGAAAAGAUUGAGACUAUUCAGGAAUCUCCUGAACUUCAUCCUAGUCAGAGUUUAGAUGAACCACAGACGGUAAAGGGAUCUGGUUCUGGUGGUGGUACUUCAGUACCACCACCGAUUAAGCCUGCGCCUGUAAAGAAAAUUAAAUCGGCUCCAUCUAAAAUUAAAACGGCUCCACCUAAAAUCAAUCCAUAUGCACCAGGACCAUAUGCACCAGGUGGUACUCCUGCAUCGAAGAGCAAGUACAGUCUUUUAGCAACCACCGCUACCUCGAGUAGUAAAUAUGGUCCUAGUCCUGGAUCUGAAUCGAGCUAUACUCCAGCACAAGGAGAAUUCAAGAGUAGUUUCAACCCUCCAAAGAGCCAUGAUACAGGAAGUUUGGAUUCAAUACCUAAUACCAAGGGUGAAGUAAAUGAAUCAUACAACAGUGAGAAUAGAUUUGAAGCAAUGCCGCCACGUGAUAAACCAGCCAAGAGAAUUCCUCAUCUUGAUGAUAGUUUUGACUAUUCGCAAGCGGAAUCUACAUCGGGAUUGUUAACUCCACGAGCUAAACAUUUGGAGCAACAUGGUAUUGGUCAACAUGGUAUUGGUCAACAUGGUAUUGGUCAACAUGGUAUUGGUCAACAUGGUAUUGGUGAGCUUGAAUCUAGAGGUCCUCCUCAAUUACUUUCUGGUAGAGCUACUGAAUUAGAUGGGUUUCCUAUACCAGGAAGUCCUGAAGAGUCGACACGUGCCAAUUCUGUAUUUGGUGGUGGUGGUGGUGGUGGCAAUGGUGGUGGCGGCGGCUUUUUUUCAUCAAGAUUGAGUCAAUCUCAUCAAAGUGCAAUGUAUCAGCAAUAUGAAGUACAUGAUGAUACUGUGCGUGACUAUAUUCCAAUAUUAGAAGAAGAGGAUGAAGAUGAAGAGGAGAAAAGAGUUGAAGAGAAAAGAGUUGAGGAGGAAAGAGUUGAAAAGAAAUUGUCAAAGAAAAUGUCAAUGCAAAAACUAGGAGAUAAAGAUGGCAAAGAUGGUUGGUUUAGUAGUUUAUUGGGAAGCAGAAAUGAUGGGAAACCAAAACCUAUAAGAGCCAAGUUAGGUGAGAAGGUAAAUCCAUUUUAUUAUGACGAGAAACAUAAACGUUGGCUUGAUCGUACAAAACCUAUUGAAGAGCAAUUACAAGCAGGUAAAGCGCCACCACCACCACCUAGCAUGAAAAGGAAACCCUUUGGCGGUGGUGGUGGUGGUGCACCACUACCACGGGGAAUAGCACCUUCGCCAGCUUCUUUGACGCCAUCUAUGGGACCACAAAGUGUGAGUCCAGGGCCUACUCGAUCUACAGCUACAUCAAUCAGGAAAACAGAAGGUGGUGGUGGUAAUGGUGAUGGAGAUGGUAGUGGUGAUGGAGAAGAUAUCAAACCCAAACCGAGACCAAGCACAGGUCCAAGAGCAACAACAACGACCAAUCUAGCCAAUGCAGGAUUGGAUGACUUGUUAUCUAUGAGUGAAUCGGGAGGCGGAUCGACAAGGAAGCUGAAGAGGGCUAAUCGAAGGGGUUAUAUCAAUGUUUUGGAGAAAUAG